AUGCUGCCGGUGCCCCCACGCUCUGAAUUCCACGCAAGGCCCAAAGAGUUCAGGGUGUCAGAGCGGCUUGAGGCGGAAGGCAUCCGGAGAAGUCCUGUCCGGCUGAACUGCUGCUGGGGGCCCCUGUGGUCCACAGGUGUCUGCUGCAGAGCCUCGGGUGACAGCAAGCAGCUGGGAGUCCAGGCAUUGCCCAGGACACGUAGUCUAGGAGGAAUCAUCCGGCGAUGGAGCUGCUAUAGGGAAUUUGGUGUAGUCUCAAACACAAGAUUGAUCGCUGCUACUACUUCUGUAUUAAAAACUAGAUUUUCAUAUGCUUUUCCAAAGGAAUUUCCAUACAGGAUGAAUCAUAUUCUAGAAUGUGAAUUUUACCUUUUAGAAUUAAUGGAUUGUUGCUUGAUAGUGUAUCAUCCUUAUAGACCUUUGCUCCAGUACGUGCAGGACAUGGGCCAAGAGGACGUGCUGCUUCCCCUUGCAUGGAGGAUAGUGAAUGAUACCUACCGCACGGAUCUUUGUCUGCUGUAUCCGCCUUUCAUGAUAGCUUUGGCUUGCCUACAUGUAGCCUGUGUUGUACAACAGAAAGAUGCUAGGCAGUGGUUUGCGGAACUUUCUGUGGACAUGGAGAAGAUUUUGGAAAUAAUCAGGGUUAUUUUAAAACUAUAUGAGCAGUGGAAGAAUUUUGAUGAGAGAAAAGAGAUGGCAACUAUUCUUAGUAAGAUGCCAAAACCAAAACCACCUCCAAACAGAAGCUCCCUGAGUGAUUCUCCACUAAUGGCAGGGCCUGAAGCUGCAAGAUGAUGAUGGACAAGAUAAGGCAAUCUCCUAUUGUCACAGUUACUGGUAUUUUCAGCUUUAGUUAUUUUUAUUUUAAUAUUCAGCAUUUUUUCUAGGCAAUUACCAUAUUUUUUAAUGUAUAAAGGUUUGUUAUUAUCAUAUGAUUUUAUGAUGUCAUUGGACAGCAGGUUUUUUUGUUUUUGUUUUUGUUUUUUUUGAAAGACACUUUGGAUUUUCCUAAAGAAUAGAAGUAGAGUUUUACAUGUCUGAUUUGAUUUUGUAGGAAAUUUGUCCAGAACUUGUAAUCUCUAUGUUGAGUGAUACCUGUAAUAAUAGUGAAAUCCCAAGUGCUAACUUACAUCUCUGAAUGUGUAUGGACACUAACUUCCAGAAUGCUUGUUGUGUAUGAGGGCCCAAAGUUACAGAAGAAUAAAAACAUAAAACCAAAUGUUAGUUUUCUGGAUUUUAAUUUUCUACACCUGUGUCUUGUAGUCAGGAAUGUCUUUGUUUUGUAGAAUUGUGCCACAGAAUAAUAAACUUCAGAAACUAGUAGUAUUA